UUUUUUUCUUUUGAGAGAAAUAGGAAAGACAAUUGAGACUUGAGAGGUGAGGAAAAAUCAAUUUCGUCCCCAGCUUCUGGUUUCUGGGUGUUCUUCUCAGUUCCUCAUUACCAUUCAUCCCGUCCGCGGCCUCGGAGCAGCCAUUUCCCGCCAGUGCAUCCUUACAACAGUAGAAGAGAACUCAAAAACUGACCAGCCUAUGCCAUAGGCAGAGUUUCGUCAAAAACUUGACAGGGCGAAAUGGCUGCCAGAUUGAACCACUCAAUUCAGAACACUCUCUCCCUCUUAAACCCUCUAUGUUCAGUCACCACGAAGGCUACCCACUCUAGGAAUCGCCUGCCUUUCCGACGGAGCUUCGUGCUUUCUUCUGCCUACUCGAAAUCAAGAAGAGCCCUUUUCUGCUCCUGCGCAACGAGCGGCGGCACCGCGGAUUUGCAAAGUGAUGGAGGAGAAGCCGCAGCAAGGGAGGCAUUUGUGCUCACAACCCCUCUUUACUACGUCAAUGCCGCUCCCCACAUGGGUAGCGCCUACACAACCAUCGCUGCUGAUGCUAUCGCCCGGUUUCAGAGGCUUUUAGGAAAGAAGGUUAUAUUGGUCACUGGCACGGAUGAGCAUGGAGAGAAAAUUGCUACUGCCGCUGCUGCCUGUGGUGAAAGCCCAAAUGAGCAUUGCGACAUUGUAUCUCAACAAUACAAGAGCCUGUGGAAAGAUUUAGACAUCUCAUACGGCAAGUUCAUUCGAACUACUGAUCCCAAGCAUGAAGCCAUUGUGAAAGAGUUCUAUGCGAGGGUACUUGCCAAUGGUGACAUUUACCACGCUGACUACGAGGGAUUGUACUGUGUCAACUGUGAGGAAUAUAAGGAUGAGAAGGAGUUGCUUGAGAACAAGUGCUGCCCAGUCCACUUAAAACCAUGUAUACAGCGCAAAGAGGAAAAUUACUUCUUUGCCUUGUCUAAGUACCAAAAAAAAUUGGAAGAAACUUUGUCAUCAAAUCCGAAUUUUGUUCAGCCUUCAUAUCGUUUGAAUGAGGUGCAAAGUUGGAUUAAAAGUGGCUUGAAAGACUUCUCGAUUUCUCGAGCAUCUGUAGAGUGGGGCAUUCCAGUUCCUAAUGACAAACGGCAAACUAUAUAUGUUUGGUUUGAUGCUUUACUUGGUUAUAUAUCAGCUCUUGCAGAGGAGAAUGGACAAACUAGUUUACAGGAGGCUGUUUCCUCUGGUUGGCCUGCAGCACUGCACUUGAUUGGCAAGGAUAUUUUGCGUUUUCAUGCAGUUUACUGGCCAGCUAUGCUUAUGUCUGCCGGACUUGACCUUCCCAAGAUGGUAUUUGGGCAUGGGUUCUUAACUAAGGAUGGCAUGAAGAUGGGGAAGUCAUUGGGAAAUACACUUGAACCAAAUGAAUUGGUCCAAAAAUUUGGGUCUGAUGCAGUUAGGUACUUCUUCCUUAGGGAAGUGGAAUUCGGUAACGAUGGUGAUUAUUCAGAAGACCGUUUCAUUAACAUUGUCAACGCACAUCUUGCCAAUACCAUAGGAAAUCUCCUUAAUCGCACUCUUGGACUUCUCAGAAAGAACUGUGAAUCGACUUUGGUGGUGGAUUCAGCCAUUGCUGCUGAAGGAAGUGCAUUCAAGGACACUGUUGAAAAACUGGUUGGGAAAGCCCGCAUCCAGUAUGAAAGUCUCUCUCUCUCGGCUGCAUGUGAGGCUGUACUCGAGAUUGGGAAUGCUGGCAACGCAUACAUGGAUGAACAAGCGCCAUGGUCUCUAUUUAAGCAGGGUGGAGCUGCUUCAGAAGCUGCCGCCAGGGUAUCAUUCAAUUGAUUCUCUUGCACAUUAAAAAUCUGAAGUCAAUGAAGCCGGGAAAAAGGUCCGGGGAAUAGCUGAGAGCCAUAUUUUGGCCUCAAAUUUCCCCGCUUUCCGACUUAUAGGAAUUAAUCUUGAACUAAACAUCUUUAGAUGGGUAAGAAUGGGCAGCUUGAUCAUUGAGUGGUCGUGUGCAACAGGAUCUUGUGAUUAUUCUGGAAGGAAUGAGGAUCAUAGCCAUUGCUUUAUCCCCUGUAUCACCAGGCUUGUGCUGGAGAAUAUAUGAACAACUCGGUUUUUCGGAGGAUCAGUUUGCAACCAUCAACUGGGAUGAGACCAAAUGGGGUGGGUUGAAAGGUGGUCAGGUGAUGGCUCAACCUAAUCCUGUCUUUGCAAGGAUUGAGAACCCAGCAGAAGUGGCAACCGGUACCGAAGCAGCAGCAGCAGCUAAGCCGGCAGUGAAAACCAAGAAGAAGAAGAAACCUCAGCCGCAAGUAGCUGCUGAGGCUUAGGCUCAAAUCGAGCCGCUUCUUAAUAGCUCACUAGGUCUCAUAGCCCGCGCUCCGCGGCGGGACUUGUUUUCAUUUGUGAAAUAUAUGGUGAUUAAAUAACUGACUGGAGUUUCAAAAGACACAACAACAUAGUUAAUUUCUGUGCGUUCUUCAAAAUCAUGUUAGGAGAUCCCCCUUCAUAGCUCAAGUCUAUAAACACUUCCACUGUAUUGGUGUAGGCCUUCCCUUGGAAUUUACUUAGAAUGCGAGACAUUUAGACAGAUUAGUAUCAAAGAGAGCAGAGUUAGUGAGAUUGAACAAGUAACCUCUGUUCCAUAUGAGAUUAGCAUAAACCUCCUGAAACAAAAGAUUCAAAGAG